UGGCCGGCGUUUCCACACACCAGCUUCGGAUCGGGGCAUCAUUUUUAUCAUAUGGAUAAAACACAAGAGUGCCGCGUCGACACAGUGAACGCAUUGGAGAUUACCCUCUACCUUUUGACUGGAAAAUCCCGCUGUCUACGCAAGUUAUUGGGCUGCCUUUGCCCUGACGAAGCCGCUCAAGAUGAACAUGGUGAAGAGGAUCAUGGGGCGGCCGCGGCAGGAGGAAUGCAGCCCCCAGGACAACGCGCUGGGCCUCAUGCACCUGAGACGCCUCUUCUCCGAGCUCUGCCACCCGCCUCGCCACAUGACCCAGAAGGAGCAGGAGGAGAAGCUCUAUAUGAUGCUGCCCGUCUUUAACAGGGUGUUCGGGAACGCUCCGCCCAGCAGCAUGACGGAGAAGUUCUCCGACCUGCUGCAGUUCACCACCCAGGUGUCACGGCUCAUGGUGACGGAGAUCAGACGAAGAGCCUCCAAUAAAUCCACAGAGGCAGCCAGUCGAGCCAUAGUGCAGUUCCUGGAGGUGAACCAGAGUGAGGAGGCGAGUCGCGGCUGGAUGCUGCUCACCACCAUCAACUUACUGGCCUCUUCUGGACAGAAAACGGUGGACUGCAUGACGACCAUGUCGGUGCCCUCCACACUGGUCAAAUGCCUCUACCUGUUCUUUGACCUGCCACACAUGGCCGAGGCACCAGCGGGGCCCACCCCACCACCACCACCGCCACCCACCCAGGAGAAAACCCCAGGCCAGGGCCACACUCAGCCAGAGCUGCCUCUGGCUGACCGCAGAGCGCUGCUGCAGAAGGUUUUUGUCCAGAUCUUGGUGAAGCUGUGCAGUUUUGUCUCUCCUGCUGAGGAGCUCGCCCAGAAGGACGACCUGCAGCUGCUGUUCAGUGCCAUCACCUCCUGGUGCCCCCCUCACAACCUUCCCUGGAGGAGGAGCGCUGGGGAGGUGCUCACCACCAUCUCCCGCCACGGCCUCAGCGUCAACGUGGUCAAAUACAUACACGAGAAGGAAUGCCUAGCCACGUGUGUCCAGAACAUGCAACAAUCUGACGAUCUGUCGCCGCUGGAGAUCGUGGAGAUGUUCGCCGGCCUCUCUUGCUUCCUCAAGGACUCCAGCGACGUGUCACAGACCCUGCUGGACGAUUUCCGCAUGUGCCAGGGCUACACCUUCCUGUGCGACCUCAUGCUCAGACUAGAACAAGCGAAGGAAGAGGAAUCCAAAGACGCCCUGAAGGACCUGGUCAACCUGGUCACCUGUCUGACAACCUAUGGCGUCACGGACCUCAAACCUGCCGGCCUGACCACCGGAGCACCGUUCCUGCUGCCUGGCUUCGUCCUCCCACAGCCCUCUGGGAAAGGUCACACGGUGCGUAAUAUCCAGGCCUUCUCGGUGCUCCAGAACGCCUUCCUACGGGCCAAAACAAGCCGACUGGCCUGUAUGCUGCUGGACGCUGUCGGCAACGUGUACGCCGCUGAGCCGGCCAACUACUUCAUUUUGGAGUCACAACACACGCUGUCGCAGUUCGCCGAGCGCGUGGCCAAGCUCCCCGAGGCGCAGGCCAAAUAUUUUGAGCUCCUGGAGUUUGUCGUCUUCAGUCUCAACUACGUGCCGUGCAAGGAGCUGUUCAGCGUCAGCAUGCUGCUCAAGUCGAGCACGUCGCACGCCUGCAGCAUCACGGCCGUGCGAACGCUGCUGAAGCUGGCUCGGCACGACCCGGUGUUCAGCGACGUGCUGCGGGAGGUCGGCCUGCUGGAGGUGCUGGUCAACCUGCUGCACAAGUACGCUGCCUUGCUCAAGGACCCGGCCACACAGCAGCAACCACAUAACAACGACCAAGCUGACUGUAAGAACAACACAGUGGCCGAGGAGCAGAAGCAGUUGGCCUGGCUGGUGAUGGAGACACUCACUGUGCUCCUACAGGGCUCAAACACCACCAACACCAAUGCAGGCCUGUUCAGGGAGUUUGGCGGCGCCCGCUGCGUCCACAACAUCGUGAAGUACCGUCAGUGUCGGGAACACGCCCUGCUGAUCAUCCAGCAGCUCGUCCUGUCGCCCAGCGGGGACGACGACAUGGGCACCCUGCUGGGCCUCAUGCACUCUGCCCCCUCCACCGAACUGCAGCUCAAGACCGACAUACUGCGGGCCUUGUUAGCGGUGUUGCGGGAGAGCCACCGCACCCGGACCGUCUUCCGCAAGGUGGGCGGCUUCGUGUACGUCACCUCACUGCUGGUGGCCAUGGAGCGUUCGCUGUGCCAGCCGCCAAGGCACGGCUGGGAACGAGCCAACCAGAACCAGGUGUUCGAGCUCCUGCACACCGUCUUCUGCACGCUCACCGCCGCCAUGCGCUACGAGCCUGCCAACUCGCACUUCUUCCGCACAGAGAUCCAGUAUGAGAAGCUGGCUGAUGCUGUAAGGCUCCUGGGCUGUUUCUCAGAGAUCAAGAAGCUGGGUCCCACCAGCGUGUUCCCCUCCAACGCCCAGCCCUUCCAGAGACUACUGGAGGACGAGGCUGCGCCUGGGGGCUGUGCCGGAGACAGUGUUUGUCCCACCCUCAAACACUGCAGCAAGCUCUUCAUCUACCUGUACAAGAUGGCCACCGACUCUUUUGAUAGACAUGGUUACUACGGUACGUCAGGCCCCCCCGCCCCAGUUAAGGCCCUGACAGACCUGAAGCUCCACCUCGCCAACUCCUCCCACCCUGCAUCGUCCUCCUCCUCCUCUGACAUGGUGGUCAUCCACCCAGGGGCCGUCCUGGCCAUGUUGGACCUGCUGCCCUCCGUCUCCUCCGACAGUCAGCCAGAGCAUGCUCUGGAUCUGCAGCUGGCGGUGGCCAACAUCCUCCAGCUGCUGGUUCACAGUGAGAGGAACCAGCAGAUUUUGUGCGAGGCCUGCCUCCACCAGCGGCUGCUGCAGCGCUGCAGCCAGGCUCUGGGCGAUGAGGACCACCCGCUACACCCCCCACUGCAGAGGAUGUUCGAGAGGCUGGCCUCACAGGCCCUGCAGCCUAUGGCACUCAGGGAGUUCUUGCGUCUCGGAAACCCUCUGAACUGUGGCGCCUGGGACAAGAAGCUGCUGAAGCAGUACCGGGUCCACAAGCCCAGCUCUCUCAGCUACGAUGCCGAGAUGAGAAACAGCAUGACCAUGUCCAUGGAGGGCUUUGGUCCCGACAGCGUCUUCACCACGCCGGGGGAGGACAACAGCCAGUACCGCAUCAGCCGCAGCCUGGUGCGCUCAGCCGAGGGCAGCACCGUGCCCCUCACCCGAGUCAAGUGCCUGGUGUCCAUGACAACGCCCCACGACAUCCGCCUGCACGGGUCGGCCGUCACGCCUGCCUUCGUGGAGUUUGACACCUCGCUGGAGGGCUUUGGGUGCCUGUUCCUGCCCAGCCUGGCGCCCCACAACGCACCCACCAACAACACCAACGCCUCAGGGGUCAGCGAUGGAGCAGUGCUCAGCGGGAUGGGCACAGGGGAGCGCCUGUUUCCUCCACCUUCAGGCCUGAGCUACUCCACCUGGUUCUGCGUGGAGCGCUUCAGCACGCCCCCUCAGGCCCACCCGGUGCGGCUGCUGACGGUGGUUCGCCGCGCCACUUCCUCUGAACAGCACUACGUCUGCCUGGCCGUGGUGCUGUCGGCCAAAGACCGCUCGCUCACCGUCUCCACCAAGGAGGAGCUGCUGCAGACCUACUCAGCGGACGAGUCGAGCGAGGAGGCUUCCUUCUAUGAGAUCCUGCCCUGCUGUGCUCGUUUCCGCUGUGGGGAGCUGAUCGCCGAGGGCCAGUGGCACCACCUGGUGCUGGUCAUGAGCAAAGGCAUGCUGAAGAACAGCAUGGCCACGCUGUACAUCGACGGCCAGCUCAUCAGCACCGUCAAGCUGCACUACAUCCACAGCGCACCAGGCGGCUCGGGGUCGGCCAACCCCCCUGUGGUGAGCACGGUGUACGGCUACGUGGGGACGCCGCCGGCCCAGCGUCAGAUCUCCAGCCUGGUGUGGCGACUGGGGCCCAGUCACUUCCUGGAGGAGGUCCUGCCCGCCACCAGUGUCGCCGCCAUCUAUGAGCUGGGGCCAAACAACGUGGGCAGCUUCCAGGCCGCCUACCUGCCGUGUAAAGACUCUAAGACGGAGGUGGUACCUCCCUCCCCAGUGGCUUUGGUACCAGAGGAGAAGGUGUCUUUCAGCCUCUAUGCUCUCUCGGUUUCUGCCCUCACUGUGGCCAAGAUCAGGAAGGUCUACAACAAACUGGACAGCAAGGCCAUUGCCAAACAGCUUGCUGUAUCUUCUCAUGAAAACGCCACCCCGGUCAAGCUGAUCCAUAACGCCGCCGGCCACCUCAACGGGCCGGCUCGCACAAUCGGAGCCGCUGUCAUCGGGUAUUUAGGUGUUCGUGCCUUUGUGCCCAAACCUGUGGCCACCAACUUGCAGUAUGUGGGUGGGGCGGCGGCCAUCUUGGGCCUGGUUGCCAUGGCAUCAGAUGUGGAGGGGCUGUAUGCAGCAGUCAAGGCCCUGGUGUGUGUGGUCAAGAGCAACCCGCUGGCCAGCAAGGAGAUGGAGCGCAUCAAAGGCUACCAGCUGCUGGCUAUGCUGCUGAAGAAGAAGCGCUCACUGCUGAACAGCCACAUCCUUCACCUCACCUUCUCCCUGGUGGGGACGGUGGACAGCGGCCACGAGACGUCCAUCAUCCCCAACUCCACCGCCUUCCAGGACCUGCUCUGCGACUUCGAGGUUUGGCUCCAUGCCCCGUAUGAGCUCCAUCUGUCUCUCUUUGAGCAUUUCAUCGAGCUGCUCACAGAGUCCAGCGAGGCCGCUAAGAAUGCCAAGCUGCUGAGGGAGUUCCAGCUGAUCCCCCGACUGCUGCUGACCCUGAGGGACACCUCGCUGUCCCAGCCCACGGUCGCCGCCAUCAGCAACGUGCUCAGCCUGCUGCUGCAGGGCUUCCCCAACCCAUACGACCUGCUGCGGUUCGGCCAGUUCAUCUCCUCCACUCUGCCCACAUUUGCGGUGUGCGAGAAGUUUGUAGUCAUGGAAAUCAACAACGAGGAGAAGAUUGAUGGAGGUAACGACGAUGAUUUUGGAGGCCUCCUCUCAGCCAACCUCAUUCUGCUGAGGAACCGACUGCUCGACAUCCUGCUCAAACUGCUCUUCACCACCAAAGAGAAGUGCACUGUCAAUGCCCAGGCUUGUGAGGAGCUGGUGCGGACGCUGGGCUUCGACUGGCUGCUGAUGUUCAUGGAGGAGCAUCUGCACUCCAGCACGGUGACGGCAGCCCUGUGGAUCCUGGUGGUGCUGCUGUCCAACCAGUCCAUACUCAACCGCUUCAAAGAGGGCCUGUGUGGGGGAGGCUGGCUGGACCACACUGACUCGGUGCUCACUAAUAAGAUAGGCACAGUGCUGGCAGACACCCCUCCUCUCUCUGGCAACAUUUUGCGUCGGAGUUGGCCCUCGUUCAGUAAACAGAAAGCUGCCCAGUUUGUGCGCCGCACAGCCAUGGGGUUCAACGUGGGCCGCAGUGCUGGCGGGCGCUCCACGGUCCGGGAGAUCAACCGGGACGCUUGCCACUUUCCGGGUUUCCCUGUGCUGCAGACACUGCUGCCCAAACACACCAACGUCCCAGAGCUCUACUUCCUGCUCAUGGCCCUGUUUCUGCAGCAGCCCGUCACCGAGCUGCCAGACAGCCUGCAGUUUGACUUGGACUCGAUCUGGACAUUCAUCUUCGGCAUGCCGGCCUCCAGCGGGACAGUGGUGGGCUCCAUCCACAGUGUGUGCACCGAGGCCGCGUUCCUCCUGCUGGCCAUGCUGCGCAGCAUGCACAACCUGCCGUGGCAGUCAGAAGAGGAGGGUUCAUGGCUCAGGGAGUACCCAGUCACCCUGAUGCAGUUCUUCAGGUACCUUUACCACAACGUGCCCGACCUGGCGCCCAUGUGGCACAGCCCUGAGUUCCUGUGUGCCCUGGCAGCCACCGUCUUCCCCUUCAACAUCCGGCCUUACUCUGAGAUGGUCACAGAUUUGGACGACGAGGCGGGUUCUCCCACAGAGGAGUUCAAAGCCUUCGCCGGGGACUCGGGUAUGAACCGCAGCCAGUCUGAGUACUGCAACGUGGGCUCCAAGACGUUCCUGACCAACCACCCCGCCAAGAAGUAUGUCUUUGACUUCAUGAGAGUCCUGAUCAUGGACAACCUGUGCAUGACUCCAGCCAGCAAGCAGACGCCCAUCAUCGACCUGCUACUGGAGGCCUCUCCGGAGCGCUCCACCAGAACGCAGCAGAAGGAGUUUCAGUCCUACAUCCUGGAUGGUGUCAUGGAGCAUCUGCUGGCUGCUGAUGUCCUUCUAGGUGAAGAUGCAUCUCUGCCCAUCAGUAGUGGAGGCAGCUACCAAACCCUGGUCAACAACGUCUUCUACUUCACGCAGCGUGUGGUGGACAAGCUGUGGCAGGGCAUGUUCAACAAGGAGUCCAAGCUGGUGGUGGACUUCAUCGUGCAGCUCAUAGGACAGUCUAAGAGGCGUUCCCAGGGUCUUUCCCUCGACACCAUCUACCACUGUUUGAACCGGACGGUGCUCUACCAGCUCUGUCGGCCCCACAAGACGGUAGCACAGCAGGUGGCCCUGCUGGACGCCCUGCGGGUCCUGACUGUCAACCGCAACCUGGUGCUCGGGCCGGGCAACCACGACCAGGAUUUUGUGGCCUGCCUGGCUCACUGCUUCAUCUGCCUGCACAGCGGAAGUAGCGUGGAGGGCUUCGGUCUGGAGGCGGAGGCCCGGAUGACAACCUGGCAUGUCAUGAUGCCCGCAGAGAAUGAUGCCGACGCCACACACAGUCAUGACGUCAGUGAAGGGCGUCAGCUGCUGCUGAAGGCGGUGAACCGAGUGUGGACGGAGCUGAUCCACAGCAAGCGGCAGAUGCUGGAGGACAUCUUCAAGGUGUCUCUGCCCGCCAAUGACAGAGGCCAUGUGGACAUCGCCACCGCCCGGCCCGCCCUGGAAGAAGCAGCCCUGAAAAGCUGGCAGAACCACUUGGUCCAUGAGAAGAAGUGCAUCAGUCGUGGUGAAGCAGUGGCACCGGCCACCCAGUCCAAACUGUCCCGGGUCAGCAGUGGCUUUGGCCUCUCCAAGCUGACAGGCGUCCGCCGCAACAAGAAAGAGAACAGCCUCAACAAGAACAACUUGUCUGCACAGGAGACUUUCCAGUGGAUGUUCACGCACAUCGCUGUUGUACGAGACCUGGUGGCCAUGCAGUACAAAGAGUAUCAAGAGCGGCAGCAGAACGCCCUGAAGUACGUGACGGAGGAGUGGGCGUCCAUCGAGUACGAGCUGCUGCGUGAGCGUGGCCUGUGGGGCCCGCCGAUCGGCUCCCACCUGGACAAGUUUGUGCUGGAGAUGACGGAGGGGCCCUGCCGCAUGAGGAAGAAGAUGGUCCGCAACGACAUGUUCUACAUCCACUACCCCUACGUCCCUGAGGUGGAGGCCAACACCAACUCAGCACAGAAGCCUCUGCGAUAUCGGCGAGCCAUCAGCUAUGACAGUAAGGAAUACUACAUGCGUCUGCUGUCUGGAAACCCGGGCAUGUACCAGCACUCUGUGGAGCACAGCACAGAGGGGGAGACCACCCAGCAUGAGCCUGAGCACGGAGAGGACACCAUCGCCAGGGUGAAAGGCCUGGUGAAGGCUCCCCUGAAGAGGUCUCGCUCCACAGCGGACGGGGCAGACGAGGACAGUCAGGAGCAGCUUCAGGAUCAGCUGCUGGAGUCAGGAGGCCCGGAGGAGGAGCAGAGGACCGACAACACGUCGCUGCUGCGCCUCCUGGAGGAGGGAGAAAAGAUCCAGCACAUGUACCGCUGUGCCCGGGUGCAGGGCCUGGACACCAGCGAGGGCCUGCUGCUGUUUGGGAAGGAGCACUUCUACGUCAUCGACGGUUACACCAUGACCGUCUCCCGGGAGAUCAGGGACAUCGACACGCUGCCCGCCAAUUUGCACGAGGCCAUCAUUCCCAGAGGGGCGAGACAAGGCCAGAGCCAGCUGAAGAGAACCUGCAGCAUCUUCGCCUAUGAAGACAUCAAGGAGGUGCACAAGAGACGCUACCUCCUGCAGCCCAUGGCAGUGGAGGUCUUCUCAGCAGACGGGAGGAACUACCUGUUAGCUUUCCAGAAGGGAGUCCGCAACAAAGUCUACCAAAGGUUCUUGGCGGUGGUCCCCUCACUGGCAGACAGCUCGGAGUCGGUCUCAGGCCAGAGGCCCAACACCAGCGUUGAACAAGGGUCUGGGCUCCUCAGCACGCUGGUCGGGGAGAAGUCGGUCACUCAGAGGUGGGAGCGAGGAGAAAUCAGUAACUUCCAGUACCUGAUGCACCUGAACACUCUGGCAGGACGCUCCUACAACGACCUGAUGCAGUACCCCGUCUUCCCCUGGAUCCUGGCCGACUACGACUCCGAGGAGCUGGACCUGAACAACCCCAAGACAUUCCGUAACCUGGCCAAGCCGAUGGGCGCCCAGACCGACGACAGGCUCACCCAGUACAAGAAGAGGUACAAGGACUGGGAGGACCCCAACGGUGAAACCCCAGCGUACCACUACGGCACCCACUACUCGUCAGCCAUGAUUGUAGCCUCCUACCUGGUCCGGAUGGAGCCCUUCACGCAGAUCUUCCUCAGGCUCCAGGGAGGUCAUUUUGACCUGGCCGACAGGAUGUUCCACAGCGUGCGUGAAGCCUGGCUCUCCGCCUCCAAACACAACAUGGCCGACGUCAAAGAGCUCAUCCCCGAGUUCUUCUACCUGCCCGAGUUCAUGCUCAACUCCAACAACUUCGACCUGGGUGCCAAGCAGAAUGGCACAAAGCUGGGCGAUGUGAUCCUGCCCCCCUGGGCCAAAGGAGACCCGCGGGAGUUCAUCAGAGUCCACAGACAGGCUCUGGAGUGCGACUACGUGUCGGCCCACCUUCACGAGUGGAUCGACCUGAUUUUCGGCUACAAGCAGCAGGGCCCGCCGGCCGUGGAGGCGGUCAACGUCUUCCACCACCUGUUCUACGAGGGUCAGGUGGACAUCUACAACAUCAACGACCCGCUCAAGGAGACGGCCACCAUCGGCUUCAUCAACAACUUCGGACAGAUUCCCAAACAGCUGUUCAAGAAGCCCCACCCUCCAAAGCGGGUACGCAGUAAAGCCAACGGCGACAUUGCCAACGUGCCUCCCAGCUCCAACAGCGACAAGAUCUUCUUCCAUCACCUGGACAAUCUGAGACCCUCGCUUGCACCCGUCAAAGAGCUGAAGGAGCCUGUGGGUCAGAUUGUGUGCACUGACAAGGGCAUCCUCGCCGUGGAGCAGAACAAAGUGCUGGUUCCCCCGUCCUGGAGCAAGACCUUCGCCUGGGGCUACGCCGACCUCAGCUGCCGCCUGGCCAACUACGAGUCCGAUAAGGCGGCGGUGGUGUACGAGUGUCUGUCUGAGUGGGGUCAGAUCCUUUGUGCCAUCUGCCCCAACCCCAAGCUGGUUAUCACCGGUGGCACCAGCACCGCCAUCUGUGUGUGGGAGACAGGCACCUCCAAGGAGAGGGCCAAGACCCUCACCCUCAAACAGGCGUUACUGGGCCACACGGACGCUGUAACGUGUCUGACAGCGUCCUCGGCUUACCACAUCAUCGUCAGCGGCUCGCGGGAUCGAACCUGCAUCAUCUGGGAUCUCAACAAGCUUUCCUUCGUCACGCAGCUCAGGGGACACCGGGCGCCCGUCUCCGCUCUGUGUAUAAACGAACUGACGGGAGACAUUGUGUCCAGUGCGGGCACCUACAUCCAUGUAUGGAGCAUCAACGGCAGCCCCAUCGCCAGCGCCAACACCUUCACAGGCCGCAGCCAGCAGAUCCUGUGCUGCUGCGUGUCGGAGAUGAACGAGUGGGACACGCAAAACGUCAUCGUCACCGGCCACUCGGACGGUGUCGUCAGGUUCUGGAGAAUGGAGUUCCUCCAAGUCCCAGAAACCCCUGCUCCAGAGCCAGUCGAGCCUGAUGUGCCUGACUGCUGUGGCGAGGAGAAGAUCGAGGGCGGCGAGAGCCACAACGGUGAAGAUGACAGCAGCGAGUCGGACGGAGACGAGCCCAGUCUCAGUCAGGAGCCCAAAGCCUCGUGCAACCCCUCCACAGGCGGAGGCAGCCAGCCAGGCAGCACCGUCCACCGACCCAAAGCUCCUGCAGGCCGAACGGGAGCCUCGUGGUCGGUUGACAGCGGCUCUGACGACUCGCGGCGCUGGUCCGACACCCUCAGCAUCGACGAGAAAGACGGCUUCGUGUUCGUCAACUACUCUGAAGGCCAGACCAAAAGUGGGGGCAACCACAGCGGCACUCACCCCCAUUCAGCCUACCCAGCCCAGGGCUCAGUGCCCCAGCCCCUGCAGCCCUCCACGAUGGAGGCACGGCCAUACAACCAGCUCAGGGCAGGUUACAGAUGGGAGCGCCAGCUGGUCUUCCGCAGCAAACUCACCAUGCACACGGCGUUUGACCGCAAGGACAACGCUCACCCGGCCGAGAUCACCUCCCUCGCCAUCUCCAAGGAUCACAGUAAGAUCCUGGUGGGCGACGGGCGCGGCCGGGUCUUCAGCUGGUCGGUCAGCGACCAGCCGGGUCGCUCGGCAGCCGACCACUGGGUGAAGGACGAGGUGGUGGACAGCUGCUCCGGCUGCACCGUGCGCUUCUCCCUCACCGAGCGACGCCACCACUGCAGGAACUGCGGGCAGCUCUUCUGCCAGAAGUGCAGUCGCUUCCAGUCGGAGAUCAAAAGGCUGAAGAUCUCAUCGCCCGUGCGAGUUUGUCAGAACUGUUACUACAACCUGCAGCACGAGCGAAGCGCCGAGGACGGCUGCAGAAACUGAGCUGCCCCGCCCUCCUCCCUCCAAGAAAAAAACAAAAAAAAAAACACCUCCUGAUCACUCCGCCUCGAGGAGCUGCAUCCUCAAAGCCCCAGAUGUCCCUCACCUCUCCUCUGAAAAAGCCCCGUUCUCCUUUUCCCCCCUCUCACGUCCGCCCCGUAACCUCACGCACCGUAACACACUGACACAGACUGUAACAGGAGGGAACGCCGGCCGCCCCGCCCCGCCCCGCCCCGACGGGACCUCAGUGGAGGAGGCAGGCGGAGCGAAGACACCAGGAACACAAGACGGAGAGGGACGUUGAAAAAAACAAAAAAAAACAAAACACAAACGCUCCAUCGCCGCUUCAACAGGCUGCACUCUGAACUCGGUCGACGCGGCACGCUCCAGUCAAUCACCCGCCGUUUUCACAUCCAGACGGAGAGAGAGAGAGAGAGAGGGGAAAAAAAAAAAAAAAAAAACGCCUCUUUGACAGCGAGAGACCCUAACAAACUUGUUGAUAUUGUACAUACUGACCAUGGCCUUUUUAACUAGAGGAGGAACAAACGCAGAGGAAAAAAAAAAAAAAGGUUAAUGAGGAGAAAAAAAAAAGACGCCUGUAACAUAGCGUUGUGACUAACCACUCCUGGCUUUAAAAAACAACAAAAAAAAAACAACAAAAACGAUUGUGUGUAGUCCACGUCACUAGUCCCAGAGAGUCCCCAGGAGUAAUAUGGGGGGUGGGGAGGGGAGGGGGGGGGGGGGUGUAUGAAUGUCAGUAAUAAAUGUCAGUAGGUUGACUUUACUAGUGGGUCUAGUUAUGCAAAAGAAAUAUUUUCUUUAUCAUUUUUUUUUCAUUUUUGUUCAUAAAUAUGUGAUUUAUUUUGUGUGUGUCGCCCACCAUCGCCAACAAGGAGAGACUGAAUAUCAGAUUUUUUUUUUUUUUUUUUUUUUGCCAAAUUGCUUUGAUAUAUCAUGUACCUAAUAUGUAAGAUGCUGUUGAAUUUUUUUUAUUUUAUUUUUUUUUUUUUUGUAAUAUUUUAACAACCACCAAGUCUGUCCUCAAUAUGAAUUGCAACUAUAGAGAUUUUUUUUUUUUUUUUUUUGCUGCUGCUGCUGCUGCUUUAUAAAGACUGGACACUUUUUUUUUUCAUACCAUAUCACUUCACUUCCUUUAUUGAGAGCUGUGAGAUUUUCCAGAGGGAGCAGCUUCUGUUUCUAUUUUUUUUUUUCUAAUGUCCAGAGGGAAAACAUCAUGGGUUCAUCAUCUGUGAAAUAUACUAGUUAUAAAAAAAAAGAAAAAAAAAAAAAACACAGAGGACAGAGCUGCACAUGUCCUUCUCCGCCGUGUCCCUUCCUGUAGCCUUACUCGGUUUCCGCACAGGGACGGCCGGCUCUUUGAAUGCACACAAAACAAGGGACUCCUCUCUGUGUCGCGCCGUUUGUCUCUCCGGUUCAUUUCCAUGUGAAAGCGGCGCUUGCUGACCUUUUUCUCCAAAACCCUGUGGCAUUAUUACCGAGAAAUCAGCAAGCAUCGCCACCGCAGAAACACACUUCACCCUCAGCAGGAAAGGAACUUUUAGCGCCAGCAGCCAAGCACCUUUUUUUUUUUUAAAAAAAAUGAAUUUAUUUUCUGCACGGCGAGGAGCAAAGCGCUCGUCCACACCCUGUAGGAGGCGUGUCGUUAUGAAUCGUGCAGCUCUGAUGGCCGCCACGCAGAGAAGAACACAGACUGAAGAUUGUAACGUGAAGUCCAGAUGAUGAUUUCAGAUUUCACUGGUGAUUUUUGGGUGCCGUUUAGCCGAGGAGCCCAGCAGCGGCCGCAACACAAACAAAUAUAAAUAUAUUUUCAAGCCGCAGCUUAGUGCACCAAGGGACCCAGAAUGUGACUUUGGUUGGAUUUAUCUGAGUGCACAUCGUACAUAUCAUCAGCUUGUUUGGGCAAAUUCAUACUCUAAUCCAAGAGGAUCAGCAGGGCCUCGACAAGUUGGCAUAACUUAUCUCUUAUUAGCAGUAAGAAUUUGAACGGGUUGCACUGUUUGAACUCCAGUCUCCACCAUUUACAGAUAGUGCAGUUACAGUUAACAAAUGCUUCUAGUGACGAGCACACAUAAGGAUAUCGUUAACAUUUGCAAAAACAUUUUAAACAGUCGAUUCACGUUUCAUUUUUGCAGCUCAAACCAAAAACGUUGUUCUGCAGAAAUUGUUAAUUGUGAAAUUGUGAAGGACAUCGAAGUUAAAUUAAAUGUGUUUAAAGGAAUUCUCCCACGUAAUACUCAGACAAGACGUCAAAUGCCAUUUUCCAUGGGUAGCAUUUUGUGUUAGCUUAGCACAAAGACUUGAAGUCUAUAGGAGUCAUUAGCCUAGCUCCACCAGAGUGAAUACAUAAACCUUCCAGCAGCUCUGAAUCUGACUUAUUUACACAGUGGAUCAUGUGGAUUUGAAAAACAAGUCUUGGAAUGUUUUUUUUUUUUUUUUUUUUUUUAAGUGAGAGUUGUUUUCGUAGAAGUUCAAUGUGGUUGAACUUUCACCGCUGAACUCGUUUAUCCACCCGUCUGAAGAUUAAGGAAGAUCCGGCGCAGAUUCUCCUAAAACAAGUUCCACUUUGUUUCUUCCAAGAUGUGUAUUUAAACUCCACAUGACGCGCUGUGUAAAUAAGACCGCUUCAAACCUGCUGUAAGAUUUAUUAUUCCACUUUGACAGAGCCAGGCUAACGACUCCCAUAGACUUCAAGUCUUUGUGCUAAGCUAACUCAAAAUGCGGAGAAAAUGGCGCCGAACAUCUUGUCUCAGUCUGAGGAAGUCGAUGAAAGAAUAUUUUGCCCAAAAUAUUUUAUGCAGUAAUGUGUUAGAAAGCAUUUAACAGUUAACAGACAUUCAUAAACGACUAAUUACCUGAUUCCGUUAAUGUGUUUAGUUUAAUUAGCCGGAUGUUUUGUUGACUGAAGGUGUUUUUAAUUGGACGAGGCUUUUUGAGUCCGAGUUAGUAAUGCGACUUUUUUACGUUCAUAUUUCAUGACCACAAAAAGCUUUUCCACCGCUGCUGGGCUCCUCGCUCGUUUUCGUUAAGUUACUGUACAACGUCCGGGGUUUUUCGUCGUUAAGAUGCCCCCCCCCACCCCCACCCCCUCGCCCCCCACCCCGUGUACGUUGUGUCUGUGGUGCCGUGGGCAACGAUGCGUUCAAGUGCUGCUCUCUUGACUGGAAAGAUCUUCUGUUUUUCUUUCUUUCUGUCAUUGCCGCUCGUCUCCAUGGAGUCUCGACCGUGUAAAGAAAACACUUGUGAGAGAAACUGUUACACACACACACUGCAGCAGGUUAAUAUUCACCGUCUGAAACACACACACACACACACACACACGUACACACAUACACCGCUGCCCCUCUGCCAUUAUAAUAUGCACUCUUGUUGUCGUCGUUCUUAUAUCAUUCUACAUUUAUGUACUGUAAUCUAACGUGCAAUCAUGCCAUCUAGCUGAGAAGGCCGAGCCGGGCUUCAUAUCAAUCAGAGUUCCUUUGCACCUUCACGUGUAUAAAAAAAAAAAAAAGAAAGGAAAAAAAAAACAUCGAGAGGAAUCACAAGUUUUUAUUGAAUGCAAAUAUUUCAUGUCGGGCGCCGUCAUUUUAACAGAAAAGGUGCAUUUCACAGCAGAAAAAAAAAAUGAACUGUACAAAGUAUUUAUGCAAUUAUAACUGGUUUUAGAUUUUUUUAAUGAUUAUUGCAAUUUCAGCAAGUUUUGUUACUUGUUGCAUGUCUAUUAACACAGCUGACUUUCUGUGUCAGUGCAUUGUACAUGUUUUCUCGGCAUUAUAUUAUCUUUUUUUGUUUUUGGUUCAUUUUAUUCUUUGUUUUUGUUGUUGUUGUUUUUUUUUCUCGAGGCAUUGUCUUAUGAGUUGUUUGGAACCCCGAGCGGCAGGUUUGUGUACAGUGCUGGAGAUUGUGUCCCAACUCUGGGUGUACUUUUGUACUCUUUAUGGAAAAAUUAAGGACUGAUGAGCGAUAAAAAAAGAGAAAAAAAAAAAAGAGAAAAUCCUGGAUUAUUUUGGUGGUCUUGUAUUAGA